UGACAAUGCUUUUACUGCAGCGGCUUUGCCGGAAGUCUCGUGGCACAACGUGGGGGCAACUUGACUAACAUUCUGUGUGUGAGCUGCACGGUUGCAGGUGGUAAACUCUGGUGUCCAGUCCAAAGCACGAUAAAAGUCGUCCGGACCAGUGUGAGAUGCCUGUUAUUGGUCCAUGGGUGUGAGCCGGCUGGAUGUGUUCUACAGAAGACUGCUCCUCAGCAAACUCUUUAUCGGGGGUUGGGGCAAACCAGAAGACCUCAAACGGAUCUUUGAGUUCAGAAAGAUCAUUGGAGACAGGGACCAGUGUAAGACCCUGGUGUCCCAGGACUAUCCAGUCUACAUCAACAAGACAGAGGAGCACUCUGACUGUCACAUCCAUGAAGGCUACUUCAUCUCUCCUCUGGAGCACUUUGUUCCUGGAAUCCUGCCCCCAGAGGCUGUCAAAGCCAGAUUCCAGUUUUUAGUUCCUAAGCGAUGGCAGAAGGACAGACCAGUAUGUAUUCAUUUGGCUGGGACUGGAGACCAUUUCUUCUGGCGUCGGCGGACCCUGAUGGCUCGACCAAUGAUCAAAGAGGCAGGAAUGGCUUCGUUGAUCCUGGAGAACCCUUAUUAUGGCUACCGUAAACCCAAAGACCAACUUCGCUCCUGUCUGAAGAACGUGUCCGAUCUUUUCGUCAUGGGCGGGGCUUUGAUCCUGGAGUCAACAGCACUACUGCACUGGCUGAAGAGAGAAGGAUAUUGGCCACUGGGAAUGACUGGCAUUUCCAUGGGAGGAUAUAUGGCGUCUCUGGCAGUGACCAACUGGCCCAAGCCUAUCCCUUUGAUUCCCUGUUUGUCCUGGUCCACUGCCUCCAGUGUCUUCACUACGGGUGUUCUCAGUAGAGCAGUGAACUGGGCCCAGCUGGAGCAGCAGUAUGCCGUCAACUCUGUGUAUGAAGAGGAGAUCAUUCAGCUGCUGCAGUACUGUGGUGCCGACUCCAUAAAAAUGGGUCCAGAACUAGUUAAGAACAUGGACUGUGUGGAACAUCUGCUGAGCUUGUCUGGACCUGGCAGAGCUCCAGUGACUCGGUUCUCCUCAUCUGAAGCUGACCCUGAGGUGCUGAUAGGAGGAGUUGAUAAGAAGAGUGGUCCUGGAGACAGAGCGGAACAUAUAUUAUCAGCUGUAAAAACCACUGGAACCAAGGUGGAGUCUGUGACCAGCAACUGCUGUGUAAAUACUUCUGCACUUGAGAAGAAGAGAGACUUCACCAAGUGCUGUCGACCAUCUUUACAUCAAGAGUCCAUCGGCUUCAUGAAGGGAGUGAUGGACGAGUGCACACACAUGGCCAACUUCUCUGUUCCAGUCGACACCAGUCUUAUCAUCGUGGUCCAGGCCAAAGAAGACGCUUACGUCCCUCGUACUGGGGUGCUGAGUUUGCAGGAGAUCUGGCCUGGAUGUGAAGUUCGAUAUCUGAAGGGAGGACACAUCAGUGCAUACCUGUUUAAACAGAGGGUCUUCAGACAAGCCAUAUAUGAUGCAUUCAACAGAUUCUGCCUGAAAUAUCCCAACCUACACUAGUCAGAGGCUGGACCAGGACCAGGACCAGGACCGGCCCAUCCACAGACCACGGUGGAGGAACUGUAGUGAGCAAGUAUUCUGCUGAGACAUGAAUCACAGGCUGUUGUCAGAUGAAGGUUCCUCUUGUUCAACAGGAAAAACUCUGGCUUUCCUAUCUCACACACACACACACAUACACACACACACACACACUCAGCCAAAUGAUUGCCUUUCCAUUAUCAGUAAAUUACCAACAGAAAAAGGGAAAUGACUGUUAACAAGUUACAAAGGGAAAACUGGAGUUUUCUAUGUCAGAUAUCUUAUUCAUCAAUUCAAAAAUGACAUCAUUUCAAAUGUUAAUUGGUCUAAAACAGAAUGUAACCCCCCACGCCCUCCCCCCGUCCUCAGGCUUGUCCCUCAGCUCAGUCUGGUUGAAUAUUCUCACUUCAACCUAACUUUAUUUUGGUUGUGACCCAGUGAACAGCAACAACUAAAUCACAGUUGAUCCAUCUACAAAGAUCACGUUCUCCUUCCUAAAACACUGACUUGUAUCAAACAGAGGAUGAUUUGUGUUCGAGUCACUUCAACUUUGGGAGUCUGUGAACGGCCACUGUCACCAAGCCAAACUUCGCAGUGCCACCUCGCCGGCAUGACUUGGACCUGACGGGCUGUAGUCAGGUCUCUGCGGUCUAGUAUGGAUCACAAUCGAAGCCAAGUCCAACCUGGUUUCAGCUUUGAUCAGAGUCACAUGUGCCUUUUACUCUUGGUGUUCCAUGUGUGUAGUGUUCUUUAUGAGCAAUCAACAGAAUACAAGUAGACUCUGGACAGCAGCCCAUUUUCUACAUUUGAAGUAAAAAA